AGUUUUUACUACUCUUAUUAGUUUUACUUUUAGAAUUAACAGACUACUUUAUAUUUAUAAACUUAAUCAUACUUGGUUUUCGUUCUAUUAAUGGCUUGAAAAUAAUAUUUGUACUGCAAUGUUGCACAAUUACAGGUUUGUAUGGAUGAUGGAGUCUUCCAAAAGCUUAUUUAUGUAAUUACUAUGACAUUUAGUGAUAAUCUGCUGACGUUUAGCCUAUUUCUACAUGUCUGAGUGUAUGGUAUCAAUGCAUCAAAGUUCAUUGUGAAUUGCGAAAACCCACUGUUAUCAUUGACAAAUAAUAGUAAAUAAAAACUAUUACAUAAGACAUAAAAACCACUGGCAGCAAAUUAAUUUUGAUAGUAAAUUACAGUAUUAAGUUGUAGGUUUGGAACUGAAACUUAAUGUUUUUUUCUUCUCAUAAUUUUGCUGUAGUCUGAGUUUUUUUAAGAGUUUUAGUAUUACAUUUUUUAAUAAUAAAGUAAUGUAAGAAUUUAUCAGUUUUAAGGGGCUCUAUUUUCACUAGCAAGUUAGCUUGUGUUGUGACAGGUGGCAUAUACAAGUUAAUUGCUUUGGUAAUAAAGAAACUUAAAGGUGAAAUUGGAAAAAUAAACAACCUCAUAAUGAAAAAAUAUGGUGAAUAUAUUCUUUUGUAUUUGGGUCAUGAUCUGUAUGUUUAAAAGAAUUGAACCCAGUAAUGGACAGCAGUAAAAAAAAAGAUAUAAAAUUAAUGUUUUAACUAUGAAUUAUAGUUGAUACUGUUAUUGCCCUUAGCUACACUUUAUACUACAGUGGUGUAACUACAAAAGAUGGGCCCCAUAUGUUUAUUUCUCUAUAAUUGUAGUUAUGAUUCUGGCUGAUUGAUACCAUUAACUUAGUACAACCAACCUUUAGUUCAAAUCAUUUAAACUGUAUUUAAUAGAGGCCCCUACAUUUAUUUUCACAUAAUUGUAGUUUUUACAAUUCUGGCUGAUUGAUAUCAUUAACUUAAAAAAACAGUACAACCACCUUUUAGUUCAAACAUAUUAAAUUGUAUGUUUCUCCCCUUGUCGACAAAUCAUAAGUUUGUACGGCUCGCUGGGCCCCCCUUUUGGCUCGAGCCCCACCCCCACUAUUGUACAUGUAUUCUUGUGCCAAUGCUAUAUUAGAUUAAUGGUUCAAAUUUCACUGAGAUCCUUUUUCUCAGAAUAAAUUACUAUUAAGAUAAUGAGCAGAGAGAGAUAAAUAGGAAAACUGACAAUUGUAUUAUGAUAAAAAGGUAAUCAAUCAGAUGUUUUCCUCAAACUACAGGUAAUCUAUACAGCUGGGUUUUAAAGUUCAAAUUCAGAUUUUUAUAGAUCAUUGUUCAAGUUACCAGUAUAUUAGCAUAUGCAUUCAAGAAAAGUUACUAUUUUACACAAAAUACAUGUGUUCAUCUCUAUCGGACAUUAUUUUAUUGUAUUAUAAGUGGCUUACAUAUUUAGUUAAUGCUAACAGAUGAAUUAUUACAGCAGAGGGUGAUAUAUGUUUUUUAUUUGUUUCCUCUUUUCCUUCGGAGUACCCUACCAUAAUUCACAGGAGCCGACCUUGUGCAUGUAUUUCAGAGCUAACAAGGAAGCAUUUGUUAUGUCACUUAUGAUUCAACACUCUAAUUAAUUUUCUACUAAAGAGGAAAUGAAAAAAAAAAAUUAUUGUGCUAGAAACAUUUGAAUAGAUAGUUAGAAAACUAUGUAACAAAAUCCAUGCUGGUACCAGUAUUACUAAGUUGACACUUAAUUCAAGGGCUCUGAAAUUUCAAAAAUACUACAGCAUAGAUAAACAAUGGUAAAUUAAGAAAAGUGCACACUUGGAACAAUGUUUGUACUAGUAAUGAAGAGAAGGUUUUGGGCUCUGACAUCACUAAUUUUUAUAUUCAUAUGUGGCUAUAUUUAUAUAUUAAAACGUUUACCAGUAUGGUACAAGAAUGUCGGAGAUGGAUGGGUGUUUAAUGAUAAACACCAAACAAACAAACUUCCAGGGCAUUGCCAGCAUCCUGAUCUGGACCCAUUUCAUCCACAAGUGAUGAAGUACUUGAAAGAUAUACCGAAACUGGAAUGUAAUAACGAGGAAGACUGGCUGCUUUUGUCAAGUGGAAGAAUUCUUGUAAACCAGAAAAUAAUUGAAAAACAUGGUCAUUUUAACUGUAAAUUAACAUACCGUGUACGUAUGAAUGACUUUGAAAACAAAAAAGGAAAGGUUGUGAACUUUAUGUCUGAAAAUAGUGAAAUACCUCUUGAUUCAGAUUUUUUUUAUGUUUCAUGCAAAGCGAAAGAUGGAGCAAAAUGGAAAAAUCUGAUGGCUGGAGUGUCUCGUUCUGAAUCAGCUGUUAAGAGAGCGAGAACAAAAAACUCUGCAGGAGAAUUUAUGAGUUUAAAUGUCCUGAUGUUUGGGUUGGACUCGAUGUCCCGCAAUCAUUUUAUAAGAAAACUUCCAAAGACAUACACUUACCUGACCAGUAUUUUAAAAGGUAUAGUUUUGAAGGGAUACAAUAUUGUAGGAGACGGAACACCACAAGCAUUGAUCCCAAUCUUGACUGGAUUCACAGAACGAGAACUACCUGAAACUCGAAAACGAUUUUCAGAAGCUCAGCAUGUAAAUGUCUAUCCUUUUAUUUGGAAAAGGUUUUCUGAAUUUGGAUAUGUCACUGCUUUUGCAGAAGACACGCCAGAAACGGGUAUUUUUACUUACAGACUUAAAGGAUUUGAUGAACAACCAACAGACCAUUAUAUGAGAUCCUUCUUUUUAGAAGCAAGUAAAGUAGCAUCUCAUCAUAAGAAGUAUUGUCUUGGCCACAAGUCUCACCAUGUGAUAAUGUUGAAUUGGCUGCACCAGUUUUUUGAUGUCUAUCCAGAGGUUCCUAAAUUUGCCUUUGGUUUCCAUGGAGAAAUAAGUCACGAUGAUUUCAACCUGGUUGGAACUGCUGAUGAUGACAUUCUUGGUUUCUUGAAAGACUUACAUCAUAGCAGUAUUUUGAAUAACACUUUGCUUAUUCUGAUGAGUGACCAUGGUCAUAGAUUUGCUGAAAUCCGGAAAUCUCAACAGGGGAAGCUUGAAGAACGUCUUCCUUUUUUCUCGCUGGUUCUCCCACCGUGGUUUUCGACAAAGUACCCCAAACUUUACCGUAACCUGCAGACCAAUGUUGAUCGACUGACUACACCCUUUGACAUCUACUCUACACUCAUGACUGUUCUCCAUACCUCCGUGCCUCUUCGUGGAUCGGUUGAGAAACGAAGCAUAAGUUUGUUUUCUGAAGUUCCUUCUCAGAGGUCUUGUGGUCAUGCAGACAUUGAACCUCACUGGUGCACUUGUCUAUCUUGGGAAGAUGUGUUCGUGGAUGAACCCAUAGCAAAGGAGGUAGCACAAGCUGUUAUUGACUUUAUCAAUGACUACACCAAAAACAAAAGACAUUUGUGUGCUAAACUUUCACUGGAUAAAGUCACUGUUUGUCAGCAACUUCUCCCAAAUAAAGCUUUGCUGAAAUUUAAGAAAAGCAGUGAUAAAGACGGCUUUCUUGCUGAUCUCAGUGACAACACUGUCGUAUCUGAGGCUACGUAUCAAGUACAAUUCCAUGCAUUUCCAUCUGGGGGAAUCUUUGAAGCUUCUGUGAAACAUGAUAUACCACGUGGGACUUUUCACGUCCGUGAACAAGAAAUAAGCCGUGUGAAUCUUUAUGGUCCACAACCACAUUGCGUGCAAGACAGCUACCCUCAGUUGCGCAAGUACUGUUACUGCAAAGUUCAGUAGCAGUGCUUCCUUUGUUUGUAAAAGGAUCACAAUGGAAAUAUAGAUUUUUUUAGAAUUUAAAGAGGUAUUAGUUGAAAAACAACAUGCAAGUAAUCCAAAAGAUUGACAUACCAGUACAACAAUAAGCAAAUACAUCAGUACUAUAGUAGGCAAAUAGGUCAGUACAACAAUAAGGAUAUAAAUAAGAACCAUAACAAAAGUAAGUAAUCAACACAGCAGAAUAACACAUACGAAAAGUUACAAUAAAAGCAAUAGUAAACCAAAUAAGAUCUACACACUAGAACAAAAGUAAGUAAGACACACACAUCGGAAUAACAAGGAAGUAUAACGGAGCUUUAUUUACAAAUUUUUUUGUUUAUAUUUGCUAGUCAUUAAUUUUUUUAUGUAAUGGUAACCUCCUCUGAAUAUUGUAAAAGAAGUUUAUAAUCAGGUAUAUAUUCACUAAAACUGUCUAAGGUGACAGAUGUGUUGAAUGUAGCAGAAGUAAUUUUAAGGAGUGGGUUUCUGUGAUUGAAAACUUGUAAAUGUUAGCAUUAAUGAGUGUGAAAGUAAAUCAUGAAUGUUAACAUCAAUAUAAUAAAUGUGAUGCCACAUAUUACUUUUAAAUUGAAGUUAUCUACUUAUCAUCAUAUUAUCAUUAGAAUGUCUUACUUGUUGAACGUUGGUGUAUUUAAGAUGUGCAACCUCAAUAUAAUGAUUUUGAUAUAUUGUACUAAUUUUUAUUGUUAAUUAUAGAAUUUUACACAGAACUUCUUUUUGUUAAUUAGGUUGUGUUUAAGUCAACACUAAACUUUGUUUGUUAUAAUACUCUAAAUCAUAAUAGAGUGGGUUUAUUUCACUUCAAUGAGGUACUCAGAAAAGUGCCAUCUUGUGUCACUUAAGAAAAAUAAAUUCUUAGAUAAUAGUAAAUUGUAUUGUUUUAUGUUAAUUAAGCUUGGGUUUUCUACUUCCAUACAGAGUCUUAUCACUUUUCAUAUUAUAGACUCAAAGCUUUAACACUACCUCAGUUACUAUACUUCAGUCAGGAAGCACAUCCUACUAAUAUAAUAAUAGGUAGUAAAAUAUAUGCUACUUAAUUACAUUGAAUUCUUAAACACAUUAAGACCUAAGGUCAUAAUUUUCACAUAUGAAAUAGAAUUCCCCUAUUUAAAAAAUAAUAGUUACCACCAGUGUAUACAGGAAAACCCAUUACAUCAUGAUGCUGUCGCCAUAGGAUCUAAUCACUACCUGUCACAUAAAAUAGCCUCCUACUUCACCCACGUAAAUCGGGCUAUACAACUUCGCACCACAAAGAAACCUUACUAAUUGAAUUGAGCUACUUAAAGAAUGUAUCUAGAGGUUUCAACCCUAACAUCAUAGAUAAGGCUUGUAUCAAACUUCAAAAUAUUAUCUUAACUCCAACCUUUCACCAAUCAACAACAUAAAACACAGCAUAUUUGAUUCAUUCCCAUUUUUGACAGAAAUUACAAGUCUGUUUAAUAGUUUGAAUUGAGCAUUAAUGUAAAAACUGUAUUCAAACCUUCACAUAAAAUUAACACCUUACAACCUAAUAUGGAUAUGGAAAGAAAUAUAUAGGACAAAUAUAACGAUCCUUAGAAAUAAGAUGCAAAGAACACCAAGAUCACAUGAAUUUCUGAUAUACACUUUAACAUAUCAAUUUGAAACAGGUCACAAAAUACUUUGAGAUGUAAUUCUUAUACACCAACCCAAAACUAAAAAAGGAAGAGACUGUUUAGAGACUACAGAAAUCAUCAAAGCAACCGAUCUCUUACUAAACCUUAAUAAUGGCCCUAACAACAUCAGCCAUAUUUGGCAAGGUCUGUUCAUCAUUCAUACACUUUACCUAUUUCCAGUCGCCUGUUGACACUAUUUAAUACCUGUGUCUUUUGUAUUUGUUACAUUACAUAUUGUUUAGUACUGUUUUUCUUGAAACAUGUAGUAUGCUCCACCUUCAAUAAAACUUACUUAUAAAUUGU